GAAGCCCAGGCUCGGGCCGGGGUCAGUUCUUGCGGGGCGGCGAGCCCGGGCCAGGCCGGGCUCUUGCCUCUGGCCGGUGCCGUCCAGUUAGCGGCCUGGGCGAGGUAGCCCGAAGCGAAGCAGGCCGAGCCGUGGCCGGCCCCGGGGCUUCGGGGCCUAGCCCUCCUGGGACCGUGCGGCCCCGGCUGCUUCCCGCUGACAUCGGAGCCCACGGCAGAGGCCGCCGGCCGGCCCGCGGGGGCCCCGGUCGAAGUUGACGCGACUCCGGGGCCGGGCGGGCGGCGGCAAGGCCGGCCCCCGGGUGGGUUUGUUUUCCCUCUCCCAGGGGCCGGAGCCAGUCGGAGCUACUUGAAUAGAGAACGAACCAAAAUGGCUGAUGGAGAGGAGGAGGAGCUGCAGGUGGCGGAGCCGCCGCCGGGGCCCGCGGACCGGGAGAGCCUGGAGCUUCUGGAGGCGGCCGCGCCGGCCGAGCGCAGCGGCCACGUCGCGGUGAGCGACGGGCGGCACAUGCUGGUCUGGGGCGGCUACAAGAAUGCUCAAGUCAGAGGAUUUUAUGAUUUUUAUCUGCCUAGAGAUGAAAUAUGGAUCUACAACAUGGAGACUGGAAGAUGGACAAAGAAAAAUACUGAAGGUGAUGUCCCCCCUUCUAUGUCAGGGAGUUGUGCCGUUUGUGUGGACAGAGUGCUGUACUUAUUUGGAGGCCAUCAUUCGAGAGGCAAUACCAACAAGUUCUACAUGCUGGAUUCGAGGUCUACAGACAAAGUGUUGCAGUGGGUAAGAGUUGAUUGCCAAGGAAUUCCCCCAUCAUCAAAGGACAAACUUGGUGUCUGGGUAUAUAAAAACAAGCUAAUAUUUUUUGGAGGUUAUGGGUAUUUACCUGAAGAUAAACAACUGGGAACUUUUGAGUUUGAUGAAACAUCUUUUUGGAACUCAAGUCAUCCCAGGGGGUGGAAUGAUCAUGUACAUGUUUUGGACACGGAAACUUUUACCUGGAGGCAGCCUAUAACUACAGGUAAAUCUCCGUCUCCUAGAGCUGCCCAUGCCUGUGCUACUGCUGGAAACAAAGGCUUUGUAUUUGGAGGCAGAUACCGAGAUUCCAGGAUGAAUGAUCUCCAUUAUCUUAAUCUGGACACAUGGGAAUGGAAUGAAUUAAUUCCACAAGGUCUGUGCCCAGUUGGUCGUUCUUGGCAUUCUUUAACACCAGUUUCUCCAGAUCAUCUUUUUCUCUUCGGCGGGUUUACCACUGAUAAACAACCACUAAGUGAUGCCUGGACUUAUUGGAUCAAUAAGAAUGAAUGGAUACAGUUUAAACACAGCUAUGCUGAGAAACCAAGGUUAUGGCAUACAGCUUGUGCAAGUGAUGAAGGAGAAGUGAUUGUUUUUGGUGGGUGUGCUAACAACUUGCUUGCCCAGCACAAAGCAGCUCACAGUAAUGAAAUACUUGUGUUUUCAGUACAACCAAAAUCUCUUGUAAGGCUAAGCCUAGAAGCAGUCAUUUGCUUUAAAGACUUACUAGCCAGCUCAUGGAACUGCCUUCCAAAGCACUUACUUCACAGUGUGACUCAGAGGUUUGGUAGUAACAAUACAUCUGGAUCAUAAGACUCUCUACAGGUCAUGCCUCCAAUAAAUCUUGCAUGGACAAGCAAAAUUCUAAAAGGUGUAAUUAAUUUCACAGAGUGUGGCAUCAUCUCUAAGCUGUGUUGUUAUAAGCCUUUUUGGCUUAAAUUUGCAUGUGAAUGGUCUAGAGAACCUAUUUUUGUGUCUGAAGAAAUUUGCAAUAAAUGCAUUUAAUGCAAAUGAUUUUCUUCUAUUAGAGCAAAAAGAAAUAAAUAUACUGGACAAAAAGUCCAAGAAUGGC